GGGAGAGUUGCUCCUUCUUUUUCUCUUCAGGGCCACGGUGUGUUCUCUUGUGCUGCUCGUCUCUCUGAGCUAUCUGGUUCCAUCCUCGUCGCAGGGGCGACACCCACACCUGCCGCCGCCAUGACUGAACAGAUGACCCUCCGUGGCACCCUCAAGGGCCAUAACGGCUGGGUAACCCAGAUCGCUACCACCCCGCAGUUCCCGGACAUGAUACUGUCCGCUUCUCGAGAUAAGACCAUCAUCAUGUGGAAGCUGACCAGGGAUGAGACCAACUACGGCAUCCCGCAGCGUGCUCUGCGGGGUCAUUCCCAUUUUGUUAGUGAUGUUGUCAUCUCCUCAGAUGGCCAGUUUGCCCUCUCAGGCUCCUGGGAUGGGACCCUACGCCUCUGGGAUCUAACAACGGGCACCACCACUAGACGAUUUGUAGGCCAUACCAAGGAUGUGCUGAGUGUGGCCUUCUCCUCUGACAACCGGCAGAUUGUCUCUGGAUCCCGAGAUAAAACCAUCAAGUUGUGGAAUACUCUGGGUGUAUGCAAAUAUACUGUCCAGGAUGAGAGCCACUCAGAGUGGGUGUCUUGUGUCCGCUUCUCACCCAACAGCAGCAACCCUAUCAUCGUCUCCUGUGGCUGGGACAAGCUGGUGAAGGUAUGGAAUCUGGCUAACUGCAAGCUGAAGACCAACCACAUUGGCCACACAGGCUAUCUGAACACUGUGACUGUCUCUCCAGAUGGAUCCCUCUGUGCUUCUGGAGGCAAGGAUGGCCAGGCCAUGCUUUGGGAUCUCAACGAAGGCAAGCACCUUUACACACUAGAUGGUGGGGACAUCAUCAAUGCCCUGUGUUUCAGCCCCAACCGCUACUGGCUGUGUGCUGCCACGGGCCCCAGCAUCAAAAUCUGGGAUUUGGAGGGCAAGAUCAUUGUAGAUGAACUGAAGCAAGAAGUUAUCAGUACCAGCAGCAAGGCAGAGCCACCCCAGUGUACCUCUCUGGCCUGGUCUGCUGAUGGCCAGACUCUCUUUGCUGGCUAUACAGACAAUCUGGUACGAGUGUGGCAGGUGACCAUUGGCACCCGCUAGAAAUUUAUGGCAGAGCUUUAGAAAUAAAAAAAAACUGGCUUUCUAA